AGUGAUCCUCCCGGAUGGCUGAACGUGCUACAGAGACCUACGGUUGAACAGGACGACAAAACACGAAUGCCAUCGGGGGAAUUUCCUCCGCGUUUAGGGCAGCUCCUAAUGCGGCAGCGGAGCGGCGGCGCUCGGCGACACGCGGAGCCGUCAGCAGGGAAACACGAAAGGCAUCCGGGCGGCUGAGCUGCCAGAGGAACCUCCGGUUUCAUUGCGAGGGGCCUCAGCAUCAGCUCCACAGCCGAGGAAAUCUUUAAUUUGCUGGGGGCGGGUUUGUUGGGGCGGCUCGGUUAGGGCCAUAUUGUAUGCUACAGCCACCUCCCCCCCCGGGCGCUCCCGGCCCUGGCACCGCCUCCCCGUCGGGCAGGGCCGUGCCGUGCCGGGGGAGGGACGAGCGGAGCGGCGCUGCGGGCAGAGCGGUGCGGUGCGGUGCGGGCAGGAGGCGGCGGGAUGUUCAGCUGGUUGGGGAAGCAGGGCGGCGGGCGGGAGCGAGGAGUCGGCGGCGGCGACGUGGUGCAGACGGUGACCGGAGGGUUGCGGGACCUCUACCUCCGCAAGCUGCUGCCGCUGGAGGAGCACUACCGCUUCCAUGAGUUCCACUCGCCCGCCCUGGAGGAGGCUGACUUCGAGAACAAGCCCAUGGUGCUGCUGGUGGGGCAGUACAGCACCGGCAAGACCACUUUCAUCCGAUACUUGCUGGAACAAGACUUCCCAGGCAUGCGGAUUGGUCCCGAACCUACCACGGAUUCUUUCAUUGCUGUGAUGUAUGGAGAAUCAGAAGGAAGCGUUCCAGGAAAUGCCCUGGUUGUUGAUCCGAAGAAGCCAUUCCGUAAGCUCAGCCGGUUUGGAAAUGCUUUCCUAAACAGGUUCCUGUGUUCUCAGUUGCCUAACCAGGUGUUGAAGAGUAUCAGCAUCAUUGACAGCCCAGGCAUCCUCUCUGGAGAGAAACAGCGCAUAAGCAGGGGCUAUGACUUCUGCCAGGUCCUGCAGUGGUUUGCUGAGAGGGUCGACCGCAUCAUCCUCCUUUUUGAUGCCCAUAAGCUGGAUAUAUCUGAUGAGUUUUCAGAGGCCAUAAAGGCAUUCCGGGGCCAGGAUGACAAGAUUAGGGUCGUGCUUAAUAAGGCCGACCAGGUGGACACACAGCAGCUGAUGAGGGUCUACGGUGCACUCAUGUGGUCCCUAGGAAAGGUGAUCAAUACUCCAGAGGUGCUGCGGGUCUACAUCGGCUCCUUCUGGGCCCAACCUCUCCGAAACACAGAGAAUCGAAGGCUCUUUGAAGCAGAGGCACAGGAUCUUUUCCAGGAUAUCCAGAGUCUCCCUCAGAAGGCUGCCGUGCGGAAGCUCAACGAUCUCAUUAAGAGAGCAAGACUUGCGAAGGUACAUGCUUAUAUCAUCAGCUAUCUGAAAAAAGAAAUGCCCUCUAUGUUUGGAAAAGAGAACAAGAAGAAGGAGUUGAUCAGCAGGUUACCUGAGAUCUAUAGCCAGCUGCAAAGAGAAUAUCAUAUCUCAGCAGGGGACUUCCCUGAAGUCAGGAAAAUGCAGGAGCAAUUGGAGAUGUGUGACUUCACUAAAUUUCACUCUUUGAAACCAAAGCUAAUUGAAGCUGUGGAUAACAUGCUGGCCAACAAGAUUGCCUCCCUGAUGAGUCUCAUCACCCAGGAAGAGAGCAAUAUGCCCACAGAGAUGGUACAUGGUGGGGCGUUUGAUGGCACCAUGGCAGGACCUUUUGGCCAGGGAUAUGGAGAAGGUGCAAAGGAAGGAGCUGAUGAAGAUGAGUGGGUUGUUGCCAAAGAUAAACCUGCUUAUGAUGAGAUUUUCUAUACUCUAUCACCAAUCAAUGGCAAAAUAUCUGGGAUCAAUGCAAAGAAAGAGAUGGUGACUUCCAAACUGCCCAACAGCGUUUUGGGUAAGAUCUGGAAGCUUGCAGACUGUGAUGGUGAUGGAAUGUUGGAUGAGGAGGAGUUUGCAUUAGCAAAACAUCUCAUUAAGAUUAAACUGGAUGGAUAUGAACUGCCUGGCACACUACCUCCCCACCUGGUGCCACCGUCUCACAGGAAACCAUUGCAGACAGCGGAGUGAAAAAUACUAAGGGAAGGAUGAGGAUUUUGGAUAUAUUUCAACAAAUGUUUUGAAACUACCAACAUUUUAAAUUAAGCUUAGAUAUUUAAACCCUCACAACACAUUUCACGCACAUUACUGAAGUCAGAAGCAGGGAAAUGUUUGUGUAUUAGUCCCUGCUGACCAUCACUGAGAAACGCUUAUCCACAAGUGCCUUGUAUAAAUCUAUCAUAAUGUGUGAUGGUAAGGUGAUGCUGCUUCCAUAUUUUGCUGCCUCUACAACCAUAAAGCAGUGAAAAAAAAUCCCAUUUAUUGAAUAGCUGACCUUCACCAAAUGUAGACACUUAAGCAACCACAAGUUUGCCUAAACUAUUUAUUUUAGUUAAUGCAAGGAAGCUCUAAAUGUUACAUUCACCUGCCCAAACAAAGAACCUUUACUAUGCUAAAAGCCUACUUCAAGUGAAUGUUAGCAUCUCUUUCAUUAUAUCUUAUUUUAAUUGGGAGUACAGUAAAAUAGGAGUUGUGGCAGGAGCCUUUAAGAAGUGCUCAGAAUAUGACCAGACUUGUUUAUGACCAGACUGGUUUUAAAACUUCAGUACUUAGAGCUAAAAAGUACAAAAUAUAUUUCUAUUUGUCAUCACUGUGUCUUAUCUGAAUAUCUGCUGCUUUGGAUUUGUACAGCACUAUAUACUCAGUAUUAUUGUUGAAAGAACAGAAUCUCCUUUCUUCUUUGGCUGUAGAGUUUCUUUUGAGGCUUCAGUUUAGCUGCACUGCAGACAAAUUCCUGAAUGUUUCAAAGUGAGAGCAGAAUGCUUUCAUAAGUUUGAAAAAACAUAAACUGGUUUUCAUUGAAAUAAAGCCUCAGAUUCUGUUCAGAAAGAAAAGGUGCUCCUUUUGAAGUCAGCAUCUUCAAAGUACCUUGAAUUGUCUCAGAAGAUUUUCAUGGUAUUUAAUUCCUAUUUACAGGUAAUUAUACAGGUAUCUGUAUAUAUUAUUUUAUAUACUUUUUUUAUUUUUUAGGGAAGUUUUUGUCUGUAUCUUUUGCCAACACAUAGCUGACACCACCAAAGAGAGACUGGAUUGAUAUGGUGGCAGAUUUGAGAGAUGGAGCCACUAACAGGGAUCUUUACAUCAAUUGAAAUAAAGUUGUAGACUGGCCUCUCCAAAUAUUUUUCCUUUAUUGGAAACAAUCCACAAAAGGAAUAGAUGCUUAGUAAACAUUCAUUUUUCUAACAACGCAAUCAAAAUGUUAAACAUACUAAUUUUUAUCAGUACCUUAAAAAAAGUUAAAUUUUUGGCCCUGUGAACUUUAGUCUUUUGGGGAGGGCCAGUUCAUUUUGAAGUCACACUUUGCAGUUAGGUUAGGUCUAUGACUGGGAGCAAGAACUGACUUGUACUCCACCAUCUGUACUAUGAAAUGCCCUGCAUAUCAAAGGUACUGUAACUUCAAGCACUUUUUCUUUGAGUCUCAGUAAGGGGUAGCAAUAGUGCCUUCUGAGACAGAACAAGCCAAAAAGUGUUUUAGUAUCCUUGCAGCAGUACUGGGGAGGAAAAUAGUUUGAGUGUAGUGUCCAAGUUAAGACUUCAGUCAGAUUUGUAGGUGAUUUAAGAAGAGCCUCAGCUUUUUCUUUAAAUCAUACAUUUAUAAAUUUUCAGUCAAGUUUCAUACUUUAAAUCUUUCCAGACCUUCUAUCUUCCUGCAUCUUUUCUACUCUGAUGUGAAACUACCAUGAAAUUUGUGACUGCACUAACACGUGAAAAAAUAAAGCUAUUUUAAGUAGUGACAGAAAAUCACCUUUACCUUGCCAGGUGUCCAGGCCGUGUCAAAGAUAUUCUGGCAUAGUUGAUCAUUCUUGUGGACUUGCUCUCUUUCAUUUGUCUUAGUUUUGUUCUAUUAUCAUUCAAUUACACCAUCUUUAUUUCUAUUAGACCUAUGUUAGGAGCCAAAAUAGCCUUUGUGCAUUUCUAUUCUCUUCCAUAGAACUGUGAAAUUUAACUGUGAACCUACUGUAUUUCUGCAGAGUAACCCAUUUUCUUUGUAAUUUAUUUCUGAUUGAACACAAGGUAUCAUAUAGACAUUGCAAGGGUGUUAUAAGUCAGGCUGCACCAGUAGUAAUAUAUGUAGUGUCUGCAGUCAGUGACAAAUUUGUGCAAUAAUGACCAACUAGAUCAGCAUUGCAAGGACAAUUACCAAGAAAAAUAGAGAGCUUGCAUAUUGUGACCACUGUAGAGUGUGAAAAGCUGAAGAAAGAUGUUGAUCUUCCAACUCUGUCUUACCUUGCUCUUCUGCUGAACAGGAUUCCAGGGUGGACCUGUGUUUGAAUUCCCACUACAUGUAGCUAAUCAGGGUUAUACACCAAAUGCAUUGGAGCUGUGUGAUCCCAUGCCAGUAGAAAUAUCCUCCUGCAGUGAAGGGAGAGGGGCAAAAUAGUUUCUCAGUGAUUUAUUUAUUUUUUCUAGUUUUAUUGGUAGUAAAAUAGACAACACAGCCUUUUAUUCAGACUCCAUGAGAAUGUGCUAAUUUGGACUAGAGGAGACAAACUGAAAUGUGUUGUUUUGAUAAGUUAAAAUACUUCACUUAGAUACAGUUAAAAUGAUUGGCUCUUUUCCUGCAAGACUUGAAGGGGAAGGGAAAUGCAAGAAGCAUAUGUAGUAAAAGAGGUGGAUUUGCUCUGUUGAUCUGAAGGAGUAAAAGCAUGCAGAGCUAUGCACAUAAGUAUAUAUGCAGAUAUGUGGCGCCAUGCACUGGGUGUCUUAACAGAGGUCAUACUUAGUUGAUAGAAAUUCAAGUACAUUUCACUUGGACUUUAAACUGCAAUUUCUUGCACAGCUAAACCAAUCUAGUAGGGUGCUGUUGCUCAGGGGAUGUAAUCUGGAUAGUGCUCUGCUGAGUUAGUGAGCCAGUGUGUGGAGUAUGAGAAGAGGGGAAGGGAGCAGGAUUGCCUUCUCAUGAAAUUGUGCUCUAGGUAGUUAUUGGGAACAUCAAUAGUAGAUCACCUUUGUUGUUUGGUUGAUAUUGUUAUUAAUCUCUUCUCGAGAAAGAACAAGGUCCUGGAUUUGUGUCAUCUUAUGUUUAGGAUUCUGAUUACAUUUUCUGUGAGAUCAUUCAAAACUGCCAAGAAUUCAUCCUGUGAAAUCAGUGCUUGUUGGUGUAGCCUGCUGCUGUAAGCCCAAAUAGAGACUGCUGCUUUUUAGCUCUUCUCCAACUGUUCUGCUACAGCUGUAAUUCCCAACCAUAAUUCUGUUACCAUAGAAAUCAAUUAGAUUUUUGUUGUAGAUUGGAAGAGAAAAUGUGGGAUAACUGUUCAAAGGUUACAGGACCUACACUACAGGACAGCAAAAGACAUUUAAAACUGUGAAAGUUUGAAAAUGAUGAGUUUGCAGAGAUCUUCAGAUAGGGAUGAGGUCCCAGUUGUUAGUUAGGAGUGGUGUGGAACCCGGUAUAAAAGCAGCAGUAUCUAUCUGGUCCCUGACUUGAAACAUCAUUCAUCUACAGUACUUGAAAUGUACCCUCUUUCUUCUCACUUCCUUCCAUUCACAAUAUGCACUCAGUUUGGUGGAAUUCAAGCAAAGAAUUUGAAGUAUAUUAGGUAUGUAUAACUUAACAUGGAGAAAAUGAACAUGAACUUUUUCUACUUCACAUGCUUACCUUUUCUAAUACAUUUGUUAAAUACUGUGUUUUCCCUUCAAAGGCACUCGUUUAUUUUUGAGGGAGUUUGACCUGUGCAGAGCGUUUCACUUUGUCUAGUUAGGCAAACUAAAUUCAUUGUUAUUGCACUUUUAUUAUACAAUAAAUUCCUUGCAGAUAUUGUAAUAUAUUUUAAUAUGCUUUGUAAUCAUUUUUAGGAAGUGAUGAUAAAGAAUGCUGAUUCAAUAAACUAAUAUUGAACU